AUGGUUCUCUGUGUAGCCGCGGUGCUUCCCUUCCCUGCGGAAAACAACACCGCAGUGGACCAGGAACUCCCUCCCUGCUGGAAUAUGGCUCUCGUCCUCACAGAUGGAUGGUAUUCCGUGUACGCCGUCCCGGACGCCCCCCUUGCGACGGUACUCUGGAAGCUUCAUUCCAAGUCAAAUCUCGUUGGAACUAAACUCGCAACGUGGAAUGCAUCUCUGCAAAAUUCCACUGAGGGAAUCGACCCGCUCGAGUGCGCGAUCGUCCGUGAAUCACACUGGAAGAACCCGUUGCUGGCUAAAGAGGACUUGACGCAGUGGCCGUACCUCCAGUUGCGCUACAACAGCACGCGCCGUGUACGAUUCGAUACCCGACUGGGCGUGGAGAAACUACACUACGUGACUCCAGCAACAUCACGACACCGAAAACAGCAGCCCCAACUUACAUUCUCAUUGCUAAAGAGUGUGCCUCUGAAAAGCUUAGAGGUCGGUGGCGGGAUGAUCCGAUCAGUGCGCGUUCGAGUGCUCCGCGUUUCUCCAGUUCUGCAUCUUCAGUCCAAGGAGUGGACGCUAGGGCCGCGGAUUAUCUGCGAGGAUCAGUUACCAUUGUACUACCAGCUUCGUUCCGAGUAUGCGCGGAUGGCGAUGCAGAAAAACCACAAAGGGGAUGAUGGCGACAUGAUGAUGGACGAGUGGUCGGGAGGGGACAAUCAAAUCGACGUGCCGCCUCCAAUACCAUUUAUCAAGGUGGACGUGGAGUGCACACAUCCCUGUGCUAACGAGAAUCAAGGCGUGGGUUGCGGCAUUUUGACUAUCUGGAGGCCUUCGGAGGAGCUGCUGUCCGGUGGUCUGAAGGAAGGCGUCGAAUACUUCGCCAGUAGCUUGACUGUUAACUGGAAGCUUGAUGGUGGGCGUGGACAGGAUGCGUCCUUGAGACUCAGCUCCACGAAGCACAGCGGGUUUGAGGAAAUUCCAGAGGAAGAUGCGAUGACGGAUGGAGUAGAGAACGGCAAUACUCAAGUGGAACGGAGUCGCCGAGCGUGUGUUGACGUCCAGCAAGCCACGACGGAUUACAGAACCAACUUCGAGAAUGGAUUGGAUGGCCGCAGAAACGAAAAACGACCGACGAUCGACGUCUGUGUUUGUGUUGUGCUAGUUACCGGUCGCGAGACGCAGGACGAGUCCAGUGUCGCAGCGAAGAGGCAGGCGGAAGUCUCGCUCCUCGACCCUGCGCUGAAGCCGAAGGAGUCUCGGUAUGUUGAGCACGUCUUCGUGACGGACCAAAGCGGCCACCUUAUGAGCAUUCGCGUGUCUGGCAUGGAGGUCACGAUGCCGAAGACGAAGGCACACAGUCCGUUGAAGCGUGGAUCGUCGUCCUCGUUCGUAUUCCGCCGUGGCAACAAGAAUAUCUGGAAAGAGGGCGCAAUUCUGUGCCUGAGUGGACUGGAGGUAUCGCACUACGACGAGCAGCUACGAGUUCUAGACUGCGUCUUGGUUGAGAGCACGCAGAUUGUGUCGUUCCCCUCCAAGAAGUCCCCGUUCUGGGACAACUUCCACGCCCUCCAGCGCGAGUUAGGCGUCUCUACAGCUCGCGGGCCUCCGUCACAAGCUCCUUCCAGUAACUUUGCAGGAGAGCUGACGCAGCUCAAGAAGUACGUGGAGCGAGAUAUCUUGCGGAUGGACUUCGUGCCGUCCCAAGAGUACACGAACGAGCACCACAUCGAGGUGGUGGAGCAAGAGCGACUGACUCAAGACCUUCAGGCUCACGUGGAAGGAGGUGAGACCAUUGCAAAUGACCAAGGAGAAACCGAAUCCACCCCUCCGAAUCGCCAUUUACGCUGGGAUGGGAGUGUGGUCAAGGUGCUGCCGCUGCUCGGGUCGAGCAAGGUUAUGUUCCCUCGGGAUGUGGUCGCGUUCGCGUGUCUGAACAUGAAGAGCGACGACAAGGCCUUCCGCACGGUGUAUCUGACUCGCGAGUUGCUGAAAACCAUGAAGUCUUUGCUCCUUGAGGCUUCCACUCAUGCCCCGGAGCAGCUUGACGAAGAAAAAGAGAGCCAGGCCUCUGAGACCGACUUCGCCUUAGUCCAGAGCGUCACCCGCGUGUUAGCCGAGAUCAAGCAACACACUGCAGACAGCGUGUUGCGCUUCGAGGUGCGUCAGUCCACGAACGAGCGCCUGAUCAACAGCUGGAAGCCGUGGGAGCGCCUCCAUGCCUCGAACUGGAUGGGGGUGGCCGUCUCCACUGCCUCAACGUCCAAGUGA